AAAGGACAUAAGAAAUUAAACGUUUAAGAAAAUAUAAACGUUUGUUUAAACAAAGGUUUUUCCCCAAAAUAUGCAUGAACCCUAAAUCGCAAAUCGCUAAUCUAUGAUUCUUCGCUCUAUUUUUUCUACCUAAUUCUUCGCUCUAAUUCUUCACUCCUAAUCCUUGCUCUUAAGGUUCAGAUUCAUUGCUCGAAGUCGGUCAGAUUGCAAGUCAGAUUUCGUUCCAAAUCAUUGCUCGAUUUCGCUCUAAUUGUGUCGCAAAAUUUUGAAUGGAUAAUGAUAGAAGUUGGAUGAAUGUUCAAGGGUUGAAAGGUAGGCUUCAACCAAGUUACCGAAAUGGUGUUAAAUACUUUCUUGAUUUUGCUUUCAAGGACACUAACCCUAAUUCUGGGGAUAAGAAGAGGUGUCCUUGUUUGAAUUGUCGAAAUUACUUUGACCAUGACCGAUCGACAAUGUGUGUUCAUCUUCUUCGAGUGGGAAUAGACCCUGAUUACAAUCCAUGGGUAUUCCAUGGAGAGGAACAAUCCCUUGACAUCGGUGAGAUGGAGAUGUCCGAGGAGGAAGGUGAUGAGUUAUAUGAUGAAGAUCCUCUUGUAUCAGAAGAGAUGACUUCUUUGGUACAUGAUGCGACAAAUGUAGUGCGGGAGGAGCACGAUGGGGAUGAAGGGGGUGGAGAUUGUUCUGAGAUUCCCAAUAAGUUUUAUAAAUUGAUGAAAGAUGCAGAAGAAGAGCUAUUUUCGGGUUGUAAAACAUUUUCAAGGCUUGAAUUCAUUGUAACUCUCUUACACCUUAAGGUUAGUGGGGGUUGGAGUGAGAAAUCAUUUAGUGGGCUCCUAAGUGCAUUACAAAAGGCCUUUAAUUAUGACCCAAACUUUCCAAAAAGCUCUUAUGAAGCCAAGAAGUACACAAAAGACCUUGGGUUGAAUUAUGUGAAGAUUCAUGCUUGUGUCAAUCAUUGCAUACUUUAUAGAAAAGAGUAUGAAAAUGCUGAUUCAUGCCCUAUUUGUGAGGAGUCAAGAUGGAAGGAAGGUAGCAGUGAAUUUGAUGAUAGUGUUACCUUCUCGGAAUCUCAAGGGGCCUCACAAAGAAUGCCUAAGGUACCUCGUAUGGUUCUACGCCAUUUUCCUUUAGUGCCAAGGCUUCAAAGGCUUUUCAUGUCAUCGAAAAUUGCAAAGCACAUGCGAUGGCAUAAAGAGAGGCAACAACUUGAUGACAACAUAUUAAGACACCCAUCCGAUUCAAUGGCAUGGAAGAAGCUUGAUGAAUCAUUUCCAGAGUUUUCAAUCGAUCCACGUAAUGUGAGAUUAGGUCUUUCGACUGAUGGUUUCAAUCCCGGUGGACAUUUUGGCGCUAAUUACAGCAUUUGGCCAGUGUUUUUGGUGCCAUACAAUCUUCCACCAUGGAUGUGCAUGACAAGUCCAUACAUCAUGUUGUCACUCCUAAUUCCUGGUCCCAAGUCUCCUGGAAUGGAUAUUGAUGUGUUCUUAGAACCAUUGAUUGAUGAACUUCAAGAACUAUGGGAAGUUGGGGUGAAAACUUAUGAUUCACAUAGUCGCCAAAACUUUACAAUGAAGGCAACCCUAUUGUGGACAAUGAGUGAUUUUCCUGCUUAUGGAAAUUUGUGUGGUUGGAUACUUGUGGUAAACUUGCUUGUCCAUCAUGUCACAUAGAUACCUCACACAAGAGAUUGAA